GCGAAAUGUGCAGUCUAAACGGAACGAAACGCGAAGCAACCCCUAGUGUGCCGGUGACCUUUAGCCGAUCUACGGAGUAUCCUCGCGACGUCCGCGUCGUUUUUUUCAACGCCGACAAAAUGCUUAACCGGAUUAUUUGUCUGACGAUCGCGUGCCAUUGCUGCCUCGCCAAGGAUAUCAAAAUCCAAGUCGACAUCCCCGGCCAGGGGAGGAUCCGCGGCGUGGAGGUCUCCAAGCUCCGCAUACAGAAAAUAAUCGCCUACUACGGCAUCCCGUACGCCCAACCUCCGGUGGGCAAUUUGAGAUUCGCCCCGCCGCUCACGGACCCCCUGCCUUCGUGGGACGGCGUCAAGAACGACACCGCUUACCCGCCGUCCUGCCUGCAGAACCAGGACGACUACAAGGACGCCGAGAAGCCCUUCCUGCAGCUGAUAUCGAAGUUGAACUUCACCCUCGACGAGAACUGCUUGUACCUCAACGUCUUCGUCCCCUACGGUGACGAGCCGAAGCAAGGUUACGCCACCGUGAUAUGGUUCCACCCCGGCAACUUCGCCACCGGCACGCCCGCCAUGUGGAACCCCCACACGCUGGUGUACCGCCAGCGAAUCGUCAUGGUCACCGUCGCCUGGCGGCUGAACAUCAUGGGGUUCUUCACCACCGGCGACGGCGAAGCGUCCGGCAACUACGGGCUGAUGGACCAGCAGGCGGCCAUGCAGUGGGUGAAGAAGAACAUCAAACUCUUCGGCGGCAACCCCGACAAUAUUUGCCUCAUGGGCUACGGAGCCGGAGCGGUGAGCGCCGGAUUGCAUCUCAUCAACCCACAAUCGAAAGGACUCUUCAAUAAAGUAAUAGCAAUGAGUGGUGAUGUGUUGUCUUCGGCGAGUAUAAAAAAACCCGAAGAGGACAAAGAUCUACUGGACAGGUUGGCGGGCAGCUUCGGCUGCGACAGGAAGCCCACCUCGCAGCUGAUACAGUGCCUGCGAAACGCGGACGCCGAGGCGCUGGUGCAACAGGCGGCCAACACCAAUUGGCGGCCGGUGAUCGACGCCAAGCUGACCAACGGCACCACGCCGGCGUUCCUCUCCGACCGGCCGGCGGCCGCCUUCGAGGCCUCCGACUUCGAGAAGGUGCCGCUGCUGGCGGGCUACACGCGCAUGGAGCACGUGCUCGAGUACGAGGCCUUCAACGGCAUCAACGGCACGUCGAACGAGCACCUGCAGGCGGUGCUGUCGGGCCUCAUCAGCGGCGACAUACCGGCGGUGAACAACAGCGAGUCCUCGUGCGAGUACAACCACGACCACAUCGUCGACGCCGUGAUGUUCUUCUACGGCGCCUCGCCGCCCGCCAAGGACGUCGACGCGUUCCGCGCCGUGCUGGUGAACUUCGUGACGGAGCGCAACGUGGCGGCGUCGGUGUACCAGCUGGCGUCGUACAUGAGCAGGGAGCGGCCGGCGUUCGUGUACCGGUUCGAUAUGAAGCCGACGACGGCCGCCGCCGUCGAGCAUCUGCCCGAUUGGGUGUCGGUGCCGCACCUGUUCGAUCUGCUGUACGUGUGGGGCGUGCCCUAUUGGGCGACGGACUACGAUUGGGACAUACGGGACAAGAGGAUAUCCGAUACCAUCAUGUCGUUUUGGACGCAUUUCGCGAAGUCCUCCGAUCCGACGGCUAACAGCAUUUAUCCGGUGGUUUGGGACAAAUUCGCUGAGGACAAUCCGGGGAUACUGAUCAUCGAUGGGAACUUCAACAUGAGCAAUUCGAAGAGCGUGAACUACAAGGCUUUCGAGUUUUGGAAUAAGUAUUAUCCUAAAGUCAGGGACGUCGCGACGCAGUGCUGCGAGGUCAGGGACGGCGCGUCGGGGGUUUACGCCGGUGGGAUUUAUUUACGCCUGGUGCUUUUGUGUUGUAUUUUCUUCAUGUUCUGAAUGAGAUUUUUUUGAUUUAUAUAGCGGGUUAAAAUUCGAUGCAAAUUUUUAAUAUUAGGAAAAAUUAACUACAAAUUAAAACACGUAAUAUUCACUUCGUAAAUAAUUGUUUUAACCUGUUAUAUCUAUACUGUACUUACUUGAAACUGUAUAUCUUCCUGGAAUUGCCUUCCUUUUUACUACACCACUGUUUAUACUAUACUU